CAACCUCCUUUCAACCAAAUCGGAUGGUCUUCCUGCAUUGUCCGUCUUGCUUCUGGACAAACCGUUGGCCGGGGCUUUUGAUGCAGUCGUCGGUAACGCCUCUUGACUAAUUCGAUCCCAUCCCGUCAUGAAUUGACGUCGACGCGCUGGGUCCAAGGAUACCGAGGUCGUGGUCAGUGGAUGCGCAUGAAGCCGCCGUGAAGGAGCCAUGUACUGGCCGCUUGGAACCCCGCGAAUAUAUGCGACCAACACCGUUCGGCAACCCGGCGCCCUUCCCAGCUCUGUGUCUCACGAUGGCUUGCCGCCUCCCACUCCCGGCGCAGGAGCCUCGGGACAAAGGCCUGACCAGAAUUCGUCUCUGUUAUCGCCCAACCCGUCAACGAGCCAGGAUGGGCUGCUUCCACCUCCCACCCCCAUGACGCCAAUGACGCCGGGCAUCAAAUCUGUCGAGCAUGACUAUCCAGAAGACGGAACUCCUGAACAUUCUCCAGGACCAGAACUCCCUGGCAUUCCCCUUCACGAACCCGUUGUUGCUUUGCGCGUGGCUCGGUCCGGUCACCUCUUCGCUACCAUCACACCCACCUCCAUGACGGUGUGGCAGACCAAGCCUACUGUCGUCCUUGCCGUGGUCGUGCGAUCAGAAGCCUCUCUCGCAUCUUAUGGAACAAACAUCAACUUGCUUUUGCGACCCGACUCUGCCAUAUUUGUUGUACAUACAAGCCUGGGAUACCUGAUAACCUAUUCCCUGGCCACAGAUGCCGACUCCCGAGUAUACAAACCGCAUUUUGCAAGCCAUACCAAUGUUCAGCGCAGACGCCAAAGCCACGCUGGGGAUCCUGGACACACUGCCCCAGAUCAGAUACUGUGGGGCCCAGGUGAAGGGGCCGGCGUGCGAGAUGUGAGCAUUCGCUUCCGGAUGGUGAUUAAGGUGGAUGCUGGGAUCGAGAGCGCUUUGGCGUUGGAUGAUGAGUUGGUGGUGGCUACGCGCAAGCCUGCCGCUGUACAAUGCAUACGUUGGUCACCCGACAGCUCGGGCAGCCAGACCGCCACGGAAUUACUGAGCAGAAUGGCUUGGCUGGAGAAAAAGGUCACAGUCAAAGAGAUGACGCACGACAGGCCUAUGAACCUUUCGACCUGGAUAACGAGUGAUGGAAAGGCAUAUGCGGUCCAGCGGCUGAAUCCAAAUCAGAAGUCGAGCGAGUCUGACGAACCACCAGACCCCAAGAAAUUAUUCAAGGGUUAUUGCUUUCAUGUACCAAGCACUGAACAGCAUCAUGCUGUACGGUGCGUGAUCAAUGCUCGGUUCUCAUUAAUCGCCGUUGGUUGCGCAGAUGGCACUGUCCGCGUGUAUUCGGCUCGCGAUUAUUCUGGAAACAUCCCAUCUUCCCAUACCCACAGUGUUCCUGUCUCUCCUGGUGCAUCGGGAAAGCUUACCACGCUGAGCUACUCACCAGAUGGCUACUGCUUGUUUGCCGGGUACGAAAAGGGAUGGGCCACGUGGAGCGUAUACGGAAAGCCACUCAGCAGCAGCUUUCAUGCUGAUCAUUUGAUUGCUUCGACAAACGGAGAGGAGUGGCUCUCUGGAGUCUUGGAUGCUGCUUGGGUCGGUGACGCUUGUGAGCUGCUCUUGACCAACAAGAACCAUGAUGCGAUUUGGCUUUUGGAAAUGGCACGAAGCGCAGUUACUGGCUGCUACAGUCCUGCAAACUUGUUUCGCACCGUUCUCCAAAGCACCGCGAGCGUCAUGGUCUACAGAGGCUAUGACUUGCCCGACCUCACAUCCAUCUCUGCUGAGCCUUCGCUCUGGCACACAGCCAGAAUACCAUCUACCUAUCUGCUCAAUCAAUGGCCGAUCAAGUGUACGGCCAUAUCGGCUGAUGGCCGGUAUGUUGCUGUUGCGGGCCGGAGAGGGCUGGCGCAUUACAGCGUGAACAGUGGCCGGUGGAAGACUUUUGCCAACGAUGCCUUGGAAAACGAGUUUCAAGUAAGAGGAGGGCUGUGUUGGUACCAGAAUAUACUGGUAGCUGCUGUCGAUGCCAACAGGUCUUUCGAGCUGCGUCUAUAUUCUCGCGAGGCGGCCCUUGAUAGCGGUACGGCUCUGUUUGUUCAACAGAUGUCGGCCCCCGUGGUUCUCAUCACUCCCACAGGUGAAGACUCACUAUUGGCCUACACAUACGACAAUCUGUUAUAUCACUACAUCUUUGCCCCCGUAUCAGGCUCGAUUCGGCUGAUAGAGGUCGGCCAUAUCGCAUUUCACGGCAUUGUGAGAUCACCUGCAAGAGUGAGAGGACUGAGCUGGAUUUUGCCGGAGCGACAACUGCUGGAGGGUGAUCCAUCACAGGAUGUUGCCCACGCAUCUGUCUUGUUUCUGGUAGAUGGGAAGCUGGUGUUGUUGCGACCUUCGGUUCAAGAGAAUAACCUGAAAUAUGACAUGCGUGUCAUCUGUCACAAUGUCGAGUAUUAUACCAGUAUGAGGGACCAGCCGUUCUUGGAAGUGGCCUCGCAGAGAUCAGGCGAACUUCAAAACGGGCCCUCCGAUGCAAGUCUGCAGGAUUCUCUCUGGAUCUUUGAUGGCACCGAGCUCAAAGCCUGGGCGGAUAUGGACCCCGUGCUGAAGGCGAUAUCGGGGGAAGUGUCAAGGGACAUACCAUCCAUGAUUUCUAUACCUGUCGACUUCUAUCCACUUUCGACACUUCUCGGAAAGGCGAUCAUCCUCGGUGUCGAAUCAGAGCUGAUUCAACGCCGUGAUAUCAAUUUUUCAUUCUUCCGUUUUUGUAUCAGGACACACCUUUUCCUACCCGAUAUCCUCCGGUCAUAUUUGGUUGCGAAUAAGUCUACAGAGGCGUUACAACUUGCCCGGGAGCAUGAGCACCUUGAAUAUUUUGCGCACGCUCUCGAGGUGCUGCUGCAUCAUGUCUUGGACGAGGAAGUGGACGCGCAUCCGCCUCCGGCACCUGAGAAUGCAAUUCUGCCUCGUGUGCUGUCUCUUCUGUCAUGCUUCAAGCAGUACCUCGACAUUGUUGUGCAAUGUACACGCAAAACCGAACUUCGCUCCUGGCGCACCUUAUUCGCCUAUCUACCCCCCCCCCAGGAGCUGUUCGAAGAAAGCCUUCAGCGCGGGAGCCUCAAGACAGCGGGCGGGUACCUCCUGGUUCUUCAUACAUUCGACGAGUUGGCGACUGCGAGCGAACAGAGUGUGCGCCUGUUGAGUCAAGCAAUGCUUGAAGAGGAUUGGGAGCUAUGCAAGGAGCUCGCGCGCUUUUUGGCCGCGCUUGAUGAGACUGGAGAUACGCUUCGAGAAGCUAUGGAAAUGGUAAACAUCCCAACACGGGGACGACCGGACAGGGGGGUGGUGGCAGGGAACGGGCCUAUGGCGAGACUAGAGAUACCCUCGAGUGGUGUAUUCAGGCCGAUAGGCGAUGCUUCGAGACGUAUUGGAGGGAGCGAUUCAGAGCUGGAGGGUCAAUCAGCCAGUGAUGCGGGGAGCAUUAUCAGCGGCAACCGGUCGGAAAACAGAGACGACUAUUCAUAG